CACAGCCGCACAGGCACUCUCUCCCUCUACUCUUCCAGUCUCCAACGCUGCCACGGGCGCGUAUCCUCCGGCCGCCACCGCACAAUCCGGCCCCCAUGGCCGCCGCCCCCGCCUCCCUUUCCCUUGGCUUCCCCUCUCUCCUCCGCUCAACUCCCAGAAUCCGACCCCAGCCCCACUCGCAACCACCGACACCCAACGACCCCCCUAAACCCCUCAGCCUCGGCCUAACCCUCGCCAAUGUUUGCGGUCCCAUUUUUGCAAAUUUCUCCGCGCCGCGGGCCAUUGCCGACGUCGUGGAGAAGGACUGGUCCUUCCUCGAGCCCGCGGGGGCGGGCGUCCAGCGCGCGCUCGCCGCGGGGGCGCUGUCGCCGUCCUCGCGGGUGCUGGCCGUGACGCCCACGGCGUCCUUCGUGGGCGCCCUGCUCGCGUCCUCGCCCUGCGGGCUCCUGGUGGCCGCGCACGAGUCGCUGUACGUGCUGGCGGGGGUCAAGGAGGCGCACGACGAGGUGAGGUGCUUCCACCUGGAGGGUGGGGGCUGGGGCAGGGGCGGCGGCGUGGUGGAGGCCGUCCCGGAGAGGUUCGACGACUUCGACGCCGUGUUCGUGUGCUACUUCCCUGGGAUGGGGGUCUCCGCCGCGGCGCUGCUCAAGUCGCUGGCCAAGAGGUGCUCCAAAGGUGAGGCAGAAAUGGCACCUUAUCCUUGUUUAACUGCGUCGUUUCUGUGGACUGAGCCUGAGCUGGUUAGGACGAUAAAGGCUUAUUAGACUGUGCAUUUCGUUUUCCCAACUAUACGUAGGCGGUAGGCUCAAUAAAUAAUCCUGAUGGUUAAUCUCGUGUGUUGAUUUAAUUUAAUUGGAAUGGGAAUGAGUCAAUUCGUGGAUCAGAUGUAUGACUCUUGCAGUCCACAGCAAUAUACUAGUGUGUUCUGGGUCUGUUCCUUUGUGUCAUUAGGCUACUUUUAGAACUGAGUUAUGGCCGCCAGUUAACGUGGUUUUCACUCCUAAUUCCACUUAGUCUUGGUUUUCCAAUGGCGACUACAACCUCUUUAGGCAAUUUGUUGUAUGUAAAGGCUUGUUGAAAUAUGUAGGGCAUACUUGGAACAUUAUAUCUAUAAGAUUGUGGAAAUCAAAAUAACCAACUUUGCAAUGCA